UUCUCUCUUUAUCUCCCAUCUUUUUCAUUCAUGUAGAAAGGUUCCUCCUAGAUAUAUUAAUAAGAUAGAGCUUCUUUCAUGGCUGCAGAGUCGACCUCAAACUCCUCAUCAGAUCUAAGAAUAAUUGUGCAAACAAAUCCUCCAGAGUCUCAACUUUCUGAACUGGGUAUCAAGUCUUGGCCCAAAUGGGGUUGUUCUCCAGGGAAGUACCAACUAAAAUUCGAUGCAGAAGAGACGUGUUAUCUACUCAGAGGAAAGGUCAAAGUCUCCACAAAAGGCUCAUCGGACUUCGUCGAAUUCGGCGCCGGCGACCUUGUGAUCAUUCCGAAGGGACUCAGUUGCACUUGGGACGUGUCCGUCGCCAUUGACAAGCACUACAAAUUCGACUCAUCUUCAUAAACUUGCUAGUGAAUUCCGAGUUGUGUAAUUAACUACCAACUAAUAUCAUGUGAACAAUUAUAAGAUCUGUUUUUAUCGGCGUCCACUGAUGUGUCAAUCGUUAAAUUGAACACUCUUUAUUGGAGUCACAAAAAAAAUAGACAGUAACAUUACUCAUAUCACGACUCUUCACCCUGCAAUUAUUGGUUAAAUGUGUGUUUUAUUGUAAUUCUAAUAUUUUGUUUAUGUGAUUGUAUUUUGUUUUAUGAAGUUUUAUAAUAUUUGAGUAUUA